AUGGAGUCGCAACCUACUGCCAAAGCGCUGCACAACAACGGAGCAGCUAAUCGCGGCUUCGCAGAUCGCAUCAACACCGAUAUCUCCCAAUUGCUACAGCGGUUCGAGAAUAUCAUGGCCACGGCGACUCUCCAAAAUCCCAGCCAUACCUCCACAGCCGUCGAGACCUACCAGCUAGACGUGGAGUCAACAGCACUGAUCCGCGCCGCCGAAGAUCUCCUUGCGUUGUCCCGGGUGAUGAAGGAGACUUGGCUCUUUGGCAAACUCGACACACUCGGUGAAGACGAGCGCGAUGUCCAGCGCCGUGAGAAGCUGGAGAAGGAUGUGCUUGCGGUGCAGAAGGCUAUUGAGGAGGGUGGAUUAUUGAAGCCGUCUUCAGGGAAGAAUUGA